ACUAAAAACAAACGUCAAUUGGAAUUGAAUUCAACUAUUUUAUUAUAUUAGACGAGUAGCUCGUUAGCAGUACAUCAACCCCUUCUAAUAUGAAAUGAAAUGAUUCACAUAAAAAUCCGACAGUUGUUCGGAGGUGGACUAGAUUAAAUUGUAGGUCCCUUCACGAAUUGGAGAGAAGCGAAUUUGUUCUCUUUCUAUUAACCUAAGGAAGGGUAAAUCGGACAAAAACCAUGAUUUUUUGAAUUGAUUGGACCUAGAACCAUCGCCUCGACACAAAAUUGUUUCACAUAUUAACCUAGACAAAGGGCGAUCUAUGUUUCAAAUUUCAAGAAAAUGCCUACGGUAUACAUAGCACAUACCUACUAAGUCUCAGGUCUCUACGAUUAGUGAUUUACGCCAUGGGUUCAUCUAUAAGUUAUUCAGGGUAAAGUUUUUCAAUACUUUCGGUAGUUCGUAAGAUAACUACUAGACAAACUUGGUUGGUUGUUGGGCGGGUUCUAAGUCAUAGAGUAGGCUCGUCGUUCUCCUAUUUUACCUUCUUUCACAUCUAUGUAGCAACCUUUGUAUAAAAAGUCGACGCCUCAAUUGGUUGUUGUCCAAUCGCAAGGGUUUUCUCCUGCGUGUCGUCAUCUUCUGUGCAUGUUUUGCUUUCAGCCGAUUCCACCACUUCAAAGAAAAUGGAUUAUAGAACUCUAAAUAAGACCUUCCUUAAGCGAAUAUGUUUGUUUCCACUUUCAUGACCAACUCCGUUACGUUGGUAACCGAAAAGCUUGCAAAAAGUACUACAAAACUAUUGAUAAAUCAACAAAACUGAAGAGAAAAUAUUGAAAUUUUUAGCACGAGUGUAUAUAUACAUACAAGUGAGAUAUUAAAACAAGUUAAGUUGAUUGCGAGCCUGCCUGUUGAUUAAACAAUGACUACCCGCGCAAGUAGAUCCUUUCUGCAUUCAUGCUUAAAAGUACCCAUCGAUCCUUGUAAUAACUGUCCAGCGCCAGUUUAUAAUCGGCCACAAAUGUAUCUAGGUCGCUUAACAACAACACCAUUAAGUGCUACAGUCAAGUCAUUGCACACCACGGAUCUGGAGAACGUGGACUCAAUGCUGGUUAAUAGUGGGAUACGGUCUUUAGCUAAGCUUUACGACAGCAUACCAGAUUAUAAAGACAUCAAUCAUUUGCCAAAUGAACAAUUCUACUCAACCCUGGACACCUUGCGGUCCACUUGUUGUGAGUUGCGCACCAAGCCAGCAUGCGUGGUGGAGGAGAGUAGCACGACGUCAUCUCUAUCCUCACAUUGUGUCAAAAGAAAACGAGUAAGAGCUUCUAAAACAUCAAAAAGUGGGCCUUCAAGUGGUAAGACCUGUGGUAGAAGGAAAACUGGUAAAGGAAAAACCCAAGACGAUUGUAGGAAAACCCAAUGCGCUUUUGGAACUUCAGAUUUUGCCAAAAGCAGUGAUGGGAAAUGUUACAAGGAAGAGUUUGAAGAUGAAGUAAAAGCGUUCCAAAAAACAUUUAAAGACUUCGAAGAGGAACUAAAUAAACGACACAAAGUAUCUUCCUCAGUACACCAAAAGUUGGGGACACUUGAGAGGGAUACCAAUGGGAAUGAAAGAUGUGGAGUGAAAAACUACGAAGAUAAGCAACCACCUACACCGGAUGUUAGUAAUUUUCGAGAUAACUUCCGGAAAACCGUUGAGAACAAACUACCCAGCUCGAAAGCGAGCUCGGCAAACUUUCGAAAUCUGCUUAAAAAAUCUUUAUCGGUCAACGAUCUCAGUUGUGUUACCGAUAGCCAGAAACAAAACUUUCACAAAGAUUCAGAAACACAAAUUCUUAUUAAUCGGACACCCUUGAAGUUCAGCAGUUACUUCUCACAAAAAACUAGCAUCAGCUCGCCUGGAAAUGCUCCACCGAAAAUUUUUAUCGAAUCACCAAGCACGGAAACCAGCUCCUCAACUCGCACAAGUAGCGGACGAAAAAAGAAGGAGAGGAAUAAACGGCAACCAAAAGACUUUCAGGUGCCAUUUUCAAUAUUCAACUUGGGUACAAAAAAGGAAAAUCAAAAGCACAACACUCCCUCACCCAUACAUCCAGUUGCCCGACCGAACCUCGCCGCCACGUUAAGAGCUGAGGUUUCGAAAAAGAAACUCCGGGAACUACAAAAUAAUUGCACAUAUUACGACAGCACUCCGCAAUUCGAUUGGGAGGUACGUAAAACGCCGGCUUGGAAAUCACUUUCCCUCAAUGAAACCCACAAAGAGAUACUCUCUAUGCGUUUGGCAACCCGUAAAGCAGAGCAGGCCAUGCAACAGCGUGACUAUGAGCUGAAUAUGGAAUUGAUGCGACAGCGUGUGAAAUCAGCACCACUUCUAUUGGAAGGUGCCACAUUUUGGGGCCCUCAUAUUGGCAAGCUAACACAUACAUGCCACCGCGAAGGUGUAAGCCACUCUUGUCAGUCGAAACAACGCAAAUCGCGCAGUAAAAGUGCCGAUAGUCGUAGAUUUCUACCUCGAGAAGAUAUUUCCAGUCAAAAUAGUCAAAGGAGUAGUAAAAUAAAUUUGUUGCAUAAAAUUUAUGGUGGAUAUUCAAAAGAACAUAGAAAUAGUGCAACUCAAAGGCCAGUAACAAGAAAUACAACCCACUCCACGGAAAAGAAACGUUCAGAUGAGUUAAAGGUACCGCAGACAGUGAACGAUAGUGGUGAUGAUCUGUCUAGUUUAGAUAGAGCUUUCUUAUAAUUAUAAAAUAUAGAUGAGCUA